GUGAUCGACAGCGAUCGAUAAAGAGUAGAUAUUAUGCUAUAUUAGCGACCAAAAUUUCAUUACUAAUUGGAUUUCUAUGUACAGUGGGAAUAGCAAGGUAAAUUCCUCUCCAUUCGCAGUUUACCGGUUAUUUAAUUCAGGUCAGGGCUGCACCUGUGGCUGGAAACUAGGUCCUGUGUUGAGCAGACCCCACCUGAAGCUUGGGAACCUUGCCGACCCCAGCAAGUGCCCUGGGUUUGCGAUUUUGGGGGUCGAUUUUCUGUCGCCUCUCAAGCACGCCACCAAACAACAAUCGAAUCGGAAGCUGGACGGGCACUUGACGCCGCGUAUUGUCGCCUGACAGUAUUUGCGCAUUGAAUUCGAAGGGUCGACAAUGUCGACCAUCUAUGAUCUCGAGCCACAGCCGACGGCAUCCGUCAUUAUCCACACGACAGAAGGCGAGCUGUCUGUACAGCUCUUUGCGAAACAAACCCCGUUGACUUGCCGCAACUUCCUGCAGCUAAGCUUGGACGGAUACUAUGACCACACCAUCUUCCACCGCCUGGUACCAGGGUUCAUUCUCCAGGGCGGAGACCCAACCGGCACCGGCCACGGGGGCGAGUCCAUAUACGAUGGCGGUGCACUCAGCGGAGAUCUGGGUCCCUGGCCGAUGGACCAGAGGAAAGGGAAAAAUGCCGGCGAAAUGGGCGUCAACUUCAAAGACGAGUUCCACUCGCGCCUAAAAUUCAACCGACGCGGCCUCUUAGGCAUGGCGAACGAGGGGGCGCCCAACACCAACAGCAGCCAGUUCUUCUUCACCCUCGGCAAAGCAGAGGAGUUGACAGGCAAAAACACCGUGUUUGGCCGGGUAGCUGGAGACACCAUAUACAAUCUGGCUAGAAUGGCAGAGGCAGAAGUUUCCGAGGGAAGCGAGCGGCCGCUUUACCCUGUUAAGAUCACCCAUAUUGAGAUCCUGACCAACCCCUUUGACGAUAUGAAGAAGCGCGAAAAGAAGUCUCGGGAGCUGCCGCAAAGAGCGGCGCCAGGAGACAAGAAGCAGAAGAAGAGAAAAGGGGGCAAGCAGCUCCUGAGCUUUGCGGAUGAGGAGGGCGAAGGGGUCGACCUCCCUGUUAUCAAAAAGGCCAAGUUCGAUACAAGAAUCGUGAUGGAUGUCGACGAGGAACCAGCUCAGCAGAGCGGGCCCAAGACAACGUCUACCACCAGGAAAGAGCCAAACCCUUCAAGUAAGGGGGACCGCGGACGAGAAAAGCCGGCAAAGGAAGCGCGGAGGAGCCCGAGCCCGCCACGCCCCGCCCCGGCGAGGAAGGAGCCGCCAUUACCAGAGACCAGGGUAUCUUCAAGCCAUGAGCCGGAACCUCGGCAGAAGAAAUCUCUUCUAGAGCGGACGAACGAAGAGAUUGCGGCAAUCAAGGCAUCGAUGAAACGGACAAUCCACACGGAGCCGGUUAAAGAAAAGAAAAAGUCGGCCCUAGAACAGCUCAUACCGGAUACAUCGAUACGUGGGAGGAAGCGGAGGCCAGGGGCUGCUCAAGUGGGUACCAGGGAGGAACAGGAGGCUCUUGAAAUUCUAAAGUCGUUCAAGUCAAAGCUGCUGCAAGCCCCUUCAGAAAAGACUGUGGUUCAGCCGCUGGCGCCUGAGGGGAAGGAGAAGCCUGGCGAAGAAGCUACGGCCGAAGAAGGGGAAGUAUGCGACCUGCAUUUCAUCUCCAACUGCCAAAGCUGCCUUGCCUGGGACAAGCUCGAAGAAAAGGAAGAGAGUGACGACGAGGGGUGGAUGUCACACAAGCUGAGCUUUGUCGCCGACAAACUGGGCAAAGAUCUCAGCUACCGCAAAAAAGCCGAGGAGGAGCUGGUCGUGAUUGACCCGCUGGAGAAAGCCAGAACUCUCAAGGAGGAAAAGAAGGCAUCCCGAGACGCCCGGUCUGGUGCCACGUCCAGAGCGUGGGACCGUCGGCGUUGAAGACCAUAGUCUCUGGAGAGAGAGUAAAGACUGUCAUGAUUAAUUUAACGCUAUAAUAUACCCCCGUAUGCUCUA